CCUGUGAUGUGAAGAAGCACCACCAGGCCGCAGCUCAGAGCUUCCUCUCCGCCGCCCGACCCGAUGGCGCCGCCGCUCGCCGGCGCGGUCCGCCUCGCCGCGGCUUCCCGCGUGCUGGUCCUGGCCCUCUCCCUCCUCGCCCGCCUCCUCUUCCGCCCCUACGACACCUCCGCGUCGCUCACCCUGCCCUGCCUCUCCUCUUCCCCCUCCUCCUCCUCCUCCGCCGCGUCCGCGAAUCUCUCCGCCGCCGUCUCGUCGCUGGCCGUCUGGGACGGCGUCCACUUCGCCCGCGCUGCCGAGUGCGGGUACGAGUACGAGCAGUCCUUCGCCUUCCUCCCGCUCCUCCCGGCCUCCCUCGCGCUCCUCGCCCGAUCCCUGUUCGCGCCGCUGGUGCCGGUGCUGGGGUACAGGGCCGUGCUCGUGCUCUCCGGGUAUGUCCUCAACAAUGUCGCGUUCGUCGCCGCCGCGGCCUACUUCUACAGAUUAUCCGUGUUGAUCUUGAAGGACCAGAGAGCAGCUUAUCGAGCAUCUGUUCUGUUCUGUUUCAACCCUGCUUCUGUAUUUUACUCGUCAUUGUAUUCGGAAAGUCUUUAUGCGCUGUUUUCUCUUGGAGGACUGUUCUACCUGUUUUCGGGUGCUAAUACUGUUGCAGUGAUAAUGCUCGCUCUCUCUGGUUCAGCUAGGUCCAAUGGAGCACUUAAUGCUGGUUAUUUCUGUUUUCAGGCCUUGCUACAAGCAUAUGAUGCUGCUGUUCAAAAGAAAAGGCCCUUGUUGGUGGUGCUGGCUCUUGUAGCUGCAGCUUUGCGUUCCAUUUUCAUAUUUCUACCAUUCUUUGCUUUCCAAGCAUAUGGAUAUUUGAACAUAUGCGUACAUGGGAGCUCUGAGGAAUUGAGGCCAUGGUGCAAAGCAAAAGUUCCACUUUUGUAUGGCUUCAUUCAAAGCCACUACUGGGGAGUUGGUUUCUUGAGAUACUUCCAAGUGAAGCAGCUGCCAAACUUUCUUUUGGCCUCACCAGUAUUGUCGCUUGCAAUUUAUUCAAUCAUUCAUUACACAAAAAUGCUUCACCAACUUUUGCAAACAACUAGCAUUCACAGGCAGAUUAUCACUGCUCUUGAGGAAAGGUCAGUUGAGUCAUAUAAAAAAACAGAUGAUAUGACAGUGUUGAGGAGUGAACUUUCUGCUGGACUCACUAAUAAAGCUCAUGGAAACUCUAAGGUUAAACAGAGAAAAUCAGUUGCCACCGAGACAGCUUCUGCAACAUUCCAUGACACACUGUCGGCUAACCAAAAUAUCAAAGAGAAUCAAGAUGAGGGCACCAUAUUACUUGUUCCAUUUGUUUUGCAUCUGACCUUCAUGACAUUCACAGCUUUGUUUGUAAUGCACGUCCAGGUCAGUACAUGCUUUUUCUCAUUAAUAAAAGCUUGUAUGGAGGCCCUACUGAUUCAUUGCUUACAUACCAACUUCUGUUUGAUGAAGGUAUCAACACGGUUUUUGUCUGCUAGUCCCCCGAUUUAUUGGGCUGCUGCUCACAUUUUGGCUUCCCCAAACUGCUCCAAAAGAUGGGGCUAUUUGAUAUGUGUUUAUUUCAUUGCGUACAUUCUUCUAGGUAGUCUACUAUUCUCCAACUUCUAUCCAUUCACGUAGGAACCGUGGCAUGCCUGGUUGCAAUAUCCAACAGUGAACUGCACCACAAUGGAUUUAUAGUGCUCAUCUGUUUAUUGCUUUGGGUGCAUUAACUCAACUAGUUGGAGCUAAAGGUUUCCGUAGGUAGGCGCUCCCCAGGUUCAGCAGAUAUAUAUGUCGACUCACUUGUUUGGAACUUGCUAUAUAUCAGCCAAUGUAUUAUUCGUUCUACUUGUUGGAAAAUGUUUUUGUAAUUCUUGAUGUGGCUGCUUCAUUGGCUUGAGGUUCAAAUGAACCUUAUUCAA